CCGCAACGCUGCAACCAUGCGCCCCUCUGUGCGAUUGCUGAACUUAGAGGUGCCCUCCAUCCAUGGGGCUCGGUCUCUCUACGUCUGUUCGGUCUGCAGACAUGAAGCCCGCCCCCGUCCGAUCGUUGCCCGCCAAUUCCUGCGUAACGCUUCCAGCGCGAAUUCACUGACCGAAAAGGUGCGCCGCAAGAUUUGGGGCACCGACAAUCCUCCCGGUCUGAAGGAUCCUUACGGGGGAGAGGGCGUUAUAGAGCGAAAAUUCAAGAACAAGCAUGCUCAAACGGUGGUAGAGGAGGAAACACCUGAAGCUUCCCAAGCGCUCGAUACCGCUGCCUCCGAGGACGCUGCACCCGCUGCAGACGACUACGAGCCGGCGACAACAUGGGAGGGCCUGGAUCGCGUCGGCCACCUUGGGCGGUGGUUCGACAUCGCUCCUGCGGCAACCGAAGUAUAUGAGUCGUUUCAGGUCAAGAAGAAGAUCACCAAACAGGGGCUACUCUCACUCGCGGCUCAUCAGACUGUUGUCGAACUCUGCCUCAUGCACAAGCUGGGCAAGCCAUUAACGAGCAUCUGUGAAGUCGUGGAGCACGACCAGUCUGUCUUCAAGCUGAUCUGGAAGACGAAGAUUGUACCCGCCUCGAAUGGACAGUGGACUGCGGCACUAGAGUACCCCGAUAAAGAGGCAGAGGAAGCGCUUGUUUACAUUUUCGAGCAAGUUGGGGGCCAGAACGUCGCUCCUGAAAUUGAAGAAGUGACGCAGGAUGUUGACGUGGAAGAUGCGAGAAGUGACACAACAGAUAUCGUUGACAUGGAUGGCUCUAAGCAACCUUUUUUUGGGUAUCAAAGAACUCGGGAUAAUGGUUUCUUGUCUUUGUCUCUGGAUGAUCCAGCCACAAAAUUUGCUUUCUUGAAGAGGUUCUCACAGUUGACUGGCCACUUCUUCCCCGAUCCUGCUGUGCACUCGAUUACCACCGUUCAGCAAGUGGUCGAUUACGUUCAAAAUCUCGCGAAACCCAAGCCAAAGAAGUUGGCUGAAUACUUGGCAAAUAACCCGCGGUACCAGAGCAUGCCCAAUGUCAAGGUCUUUGCCAAGAGACAGAAGCGGUCUGACAGGGAUGAGGAACUGGGCCGCAAGAAGCUCAUUGAGGCCGAGCUUCGCGCUCGCGGUCUAAUUGAAUAGGCUGUCGAGACAGUGAAUGCGGAGUUUGUCUCUGGCAUUUAGUUUCUAGUUCUUGUAGCAUGUUACUUUUCAGAUUCUUGCUGUACAAUAGGACUCAUUUGUUUGUCAUUUUCAUCAUCGGUAUAGUAUACAAUUUUGAAUCUAUCAUUUGAACG